AUGUUCACAUCAGAGGAGGAGCCUACACGCUUUGGAUUUAGCUGCCUGGGACGCCGCUUAUUGGCAGGAAGAUAUGCGAACCAUCUAGAGGACUUAGCCAGCGUGUUUUUGAAGAAAGGAAUUUAUUCUGCUUUCAUAGAGUUGCACAUAGAGCAAGGUCCAAUUUUGAAAGAGGAAGCUACAUCUAUCGGUGUGGUGACGGCUAUUGCCGCUCCAGCGAGCAUCAAAGUGGACUUUGAAGGCAAUGGAGACCAUGCAGGAGCAGUCUUGAUGCCUAUGAGAAAUGAUGCAGGACUGGCUGCUGCAGAGUUGGCUCUUGCUGUUGAGAAAUUUGAAUUAAAAUCUGGAUCUAUUGACACUGUUGGUACGGUUGUUAAGCCAAGACACUUACCUGUUACACAUUCCAAGCAAAUCACACCUGGAGAUAGAAUAACUCCAACGGGCACGAUUUUCAUUCCAUGUUAUGAAGGAUAUAACCAUAGCCUGAAGAGUGAAGAGUUUGCUUCCAUUCAGGAUAUCACGACUAGGGACCAUCUAGGAGUAGUAUAUGUGGAGCUUCCAGAUGUUGGUAAAACUGCGCACAAGGAACUGGAUUUAGAUCUGUUGAAAGUGUGA